AUGGACAACAUAGAUAGUGUAGAAUUUGUAUCUCUUGCUCUAGAUUCAAAUAAAAAACCCUUGUUAUUCAUCAAUCUAUACGUCCAAAAAUUCCCGGCAGAACCCCUCAAAACCCUUAUUGAUUCAGGAGCCACUUCAAACUUCAUCUCCCCUUUGAUUGUGGAAAAAUAUAAAAUUCCAAAAACCCAACUCAAAAAUCCACAAGUUGUGAGAAUGUUAGAUGGUACCAUCUCUCAGACUGGUUGCAUUUGGCACCAGGUUCACCUCACCGUCUUGGCCAAUGGCCACACCCACUCCAUCCCAUUUCUUGUUUGCCCCAUUGGCAACACCCCGGCAAUCCUAGGCAUGACAUGGUUAACGGCAGAUGUCAUGACCCACUCCAUUCUUCCCAUGAGUCCUGACCUUGUCAAGCCUCCAACACACUCAUGUUGCACACCAACAUGA